GUCAUUUAGGGUAUCUGCUGUAGCAAGCAAACCCUCGCAGAUAAAUUUGAAGAGAGGGAAAGGAGUGCACUUGCAGCAGCCCGCAUGUUAAGGCGGUGCCGGUGUUCAGCAAGAAUGAAGCUAGGUGUGCAUGGUCUAGCGGCUCUAGCUAAUCCAUCUAUGUUCUCUUUUUGAAAAGCCAAUUGAAUUCACCACCUUGAGCUAAUGAGAGAAUCAGGAUGCCAUUCACCAAUGCCUUCAUGGUGUGUUCAAGAUGUCAGCAUAGACUUGUUCUACAAAGUCUGAACCAUGUUAGAGGCAUAACAACUGGAGCAAGGAUGUGGAGUCAGGCACAACCAAACUAUUAUGAGACCUUGGGAGUGCAGAAAGAUGCAACCAAUUUAGAAUUAAAAGCAGCGUACUUCAAAUUAUCAAAAGUUCUCCAUCCUGAUGCAAACCCCCAGAACCCAGACCAACAUGACCUGUUUGUGCAGCUGAAUGAGGCGUAUGGAAUCCUGAGUAAAUCUACCACCAGGAGAGAUUACGAUCUAAGUCUUACCCGACCACACAUCAAGGAGAUCAGAGUUCAUAACAUGGAUCAUGUCUCACCGGACAACCCAUUUGGUGGACAUACAGAAUCAGAUUGGUUUCCAAGAACGCACAUCUUCAGGGAAGGUGGUGAAGAGAAGGUGAAUGAGAACUACUAUGGAAUCAAGGGAUUCAGGAGAGUUAAAAACACCUAUGUGGUGUAUGGGUGUGUCGCAUUCAUCUUUACCGGUGCUGUCUUUCAUUUCUUUGUCUUCAAACAUAGCAGUGAAUAUGCAACACAGAGACUAGAUGCAAAGGAUAAAAAGAUUGCAGAACUGUAUAACCAAACCAAAGAGAGAGCAAGGAAGAAUGGACCUAAGAAACAGAUGGAGUUGCUGAGAGAGAGGCACAACGCAAACCAAAUGAAGCUUGCCAAACAACUUGAAGGAGAAACAUGAUAUGCAUUUUACUUUUUGAGCAUGUUAUUUGACAAUAUUGGAAUAACGUUUUUUUCGACUCUAUUGGUCAUAUUUUUACUAUUUUACUUAAUGACAGGUAUUAGGGUUUUUCCCUAUGUUUUCACUGUACUGUCCUAAAUAAAAUGUUGACAUUUUAAAAUUAAAAUAAUUAUGCUAUUAGGUGUGGUGCUUUUAAUCACAUUGGGUCAGAAGAUUUUAGAAUCAUGUAUCAUAAUUACUUUCUGGCACUUUAUAAUUCUUUUUUAUCAAAAGUUUCCUUUAAAAUAUAAGAGUUUCAUAUCAACAUUUUUUGAAAAUUAUAAUUCAAUAUUUUAGAGAUUGAGAUCGAGUGUAUUCCUGGAAAAUGAUAAAUAUAUAUUUUUGUAAUGUAAACCAAGAGUGCAUUUUAUAGUAGUGGCAAUGUGGCAUCCCAAUCAAUUGUGCGGUUUGUAACUUUAUACAUGAUAUACAUGAAUAUCUUGACCAUUUUUCCUGCUGAGAAAAUAUAAAAGAUGGUCCUCAUGUGCAAUGUAGGGAAUAUAAGAUAAGGAUAUGGGAAGUAGCAGAUAACAAUAAGCUUAAAAGUACCAGAGGGAAUUAUUUAUGAUAAUUGUUUACUUAAAGCUUAUAUUGUUUUGUUGUAAAGAAAGAAAGAGCUUCAGACGGCCACUUUUAAAUCAUUUUUUU